UUUUUACCGAAGUGCAUUGCUUUAGUCAUCUCUGGAAGGUUCUCUAGUAACUGGGAAAGCAAAUUGUUUUUUUUGUGGACUAUUUAGCUUGUGUGUUUACUACGAAAAAGAAAUGUUUUUUUUUCUUGAUUCUAAGAAAUUGUUUCAACAUAAACAUCCCAUGUGUGUAAAAAUAACCUUUUCUCGAUCUUCAAUUGAACAGUAGUAGAAGUUCAUGCCUGUGUUUCAGUUCUUGAAAUGUUAUCGACGGGUAUAAAUGUUGUGGACAAUUGAUCUAUUCGUACCUUCGGCAAAAGACAAUUUACGAUUUUUGUGUUGCCAUUACAUCUGAAAACUAUUCAUAAAACCGCGACCACAAAGUUCAUCAACCAUAAUACAUUCUUAUCACUCAUAAGUGUGAAUUAUGUUUCAACUAGUUACACAUUCACAACUGGAACGCCAUCAGAGAUAAAAUUGACGAAUAAUGAUUUUAACUUUCAACUAAAGACUAGACCGGAUAGUUGAGUGAUUCAGUUGUUGAUGAAAAAUCCGGCGAACGUGAUCAUGUUGAGUAGAAAGGUUUUCCUCUUCAUUUGGUUAAACAUUGCAAUUAAUUUCACCGUCGGCUCAAAAUUCGAACGAAAACUUUUACAAAGCAUCGAUAACGGUGGUGACAUACGAGUGCAUUUCGGCUAUGGCAAUAAAAGACUGAUGAAACCAAAUAGGGCUAUGGGUCCCAAUUCACUGGCUGAUACGAGCGACAAGUCAAAAGUGGAUAUAUUGAGUGGCAUUUUUCGUAAUAGUGUACAGCAGAUACGAUCUAAGACGAAAAAAAUUGACGUAGUGUUUUUGAUCGAUUCAAGCUCAAGUGUUGGAAAAACCAAUUUUAUGAGUGAGAUAAAGUUUGUAAAGAAAAUGUUGGGCGAUUUUACGGUAAGCAUAAAUCAUACCAGAGUGGCCAUUGUGACAUUCAGCUCGCAAGGGAAAGUGGUUCGUCACAUCGAUUAUAUCACCACAUCGAAAGAAGAAAAUGAUAAAUGUAAGCUGUUGAAUUACGAAAUACCAAAAAUUAGUUUUCAUGGAGGUGGUACUUAUACAUUCGGAGCACUGAAAGAGGCUAGGGAUAUCCUAUCUAAAGCACGGAAGCAUAGCCGCAAAUUAGUCUGUUUGAUAACAGACGGGUUUUCGAAUGGAAAAAAUCCGGUGCCAAUUGCACAGAAGCUUAAGAAUGACAAUAUUACGAUCAUAACUUUUGGUAUACAAAGCGGAAAUUCGGCUGAGCUGUACAACAUAUCCAGUUCACCCGGGGCAUCGAAUAGCUUCUUGUUGGACAGUUUUACGCAAUUCGAAAGCUUAGCACGAAAAGCCUUGCACAGUGAUUACAAGGUGGGCCAUAAUAUAAAAAUGAAAGAUUCGUCAUUUUGUGAUAUUUUGUGCGAUAAACCAUUAGCGAGCGAUGGCAAUAAUUCUUGCUGUGAUGCGAAUUCAACCUGCACCUGCGGAACAACAAGCGGACAUUACAAAUGUAUGUGCAAUACCGGAUAUUAUGGAUCGGGACUCAUAGGAGAGUGUCACUUGUGUCCAAAUGGUACCUACUGGCACAAUUUCAAUUUCUGUAAACCGUGUCCCGAUGUCAAUCAUAUUACCGUGAAUCUGCCGGCUGUUAAUGCUUCAUAUUGUGUCUGCAAAUCGGGCUUUAUUGCGCAAGAGGACAAUCGAUGUGAAGUGAUUAAAUGUCCGAAGCUUGAGCCGCCAGAAAACGGUUACUUUGUGAAACAUCCGACUACCUGUGGCCAUGUAUUGAAUGCGGCAUGUGGUGCUCGUUGCAAGUCAGGAUACCAAUUUUCUGGCAGCAGCAUCCGUUUGUGUCAGGAAAAUGGUACAUGGUCUGGAGUGGAAGCAAACUGUUUCCUCAAAACUUGCCCUCAAUUACAAAUACCCUACUACGGCAUGACGACAUGCAAAAAUUCCGAUCUGAACAUUUUCUAUGACUACACACCGCGCAACAAAACGUUUAUGGAAAUGUAUGACAGCGACGAGCAUAGGAAAACCGAACCGUUACCCAUCGACACAGACUGCAAUUUCAAAUGUGGUCCAGGUUUUUAUCUGGUAGGGUCGGCGAUCCGAAAUUGCUUACCUCUAUCGAAGUGGGAUGGGUUGCAGACGACGUGCAAGCAAAUACUCUGUCCAGCAUUGCCGAAAAUAGCGUUCGGAGAAUAUGAACCGACAGAUUGUAGUGAACAGAAAAUAGCGCAUGGUUUCAACUGUACAAUAAUCUGUCCAUUCGGUUUUGAGGUCAAAGGUGGACCAGCUGUAAAAACGUGUGGUGGCAAACGAACUGGUGUUUGGUCAAACAAGAACAAAAGUCCCAAGUGCAUAGAUGUUUCUCCGCCAACUAUUGAGUGUCCAGAAAAUUUUACCGUUUUCAUGGAAUCCGAUAGAAGUUAUUCUGUUGUGAAAGAGUUUCCUCAGCCGAAUGUCACAGAUAAUUCCGAGUUGAAUGUAACAUUUUGGAUCAAACCGGCUAUCAAGGCCGAAGGUGUGAAGUUAACACUCGGGAAUCAUAUAUUCUCGUAUAUUGCAAUUGAUUCAUUCAAGAACAAAGCUAGAUGCAAUUUUACCGUGAGCGUCAUUGACCAUACGCCGCCCGUUAUGGACAAUUGUUUCGAUCCACCGGAAUUUCUCGUUCCCACUUGCAAUUCGAAUGGCACAAAUUUGGAGCAAUGUUUCAUCGAGUGGGAGGAUCCAAUCAUCUACGACAAUUCAAAUACCGAAUUGAUGGUGUUGCGAAAUUUGGAUCCGGGUUUCUUGGACAUCGGCCAACAUCGAGUCGUGUAUAAUGUAACCGACAAUUCGGGCAAUUCCGGCAGUUGUAUCAUGAAUAUAACCGUUAAGCGAUUAGAGUGCAACGUUCUGGCAUCGCCCAGCCAUGGGCAAUCGAUUUGUGCGAAAAAUCAUACACACACUUGGUGUGAAGUAGCGUGCGAUUUUGGAUAUGCUAUUUACGAUGAGCUUGAAGAUAGUCAUUUAGAGAAUUUCAAAUUAAUUUGUGAAAAUAACUUUGCUAAAUGGAAGUAUGACAUCAUUCCAGAUUGUACCGAGCUGCAGUUACCGAAUUAUGUGGAGCAAAUUUUUUCAAUUGCACUCGAUUCGGAGCAGCCACUUUGCGACGAUAAUUCCACAAAAGAUCGGAUCGAAGACGAUGUACUGGAACAAGUGAAAGCACAGAUGUGUGCCGGACAAACGGAUUGUGAGGUCAUGUCCAAUAUUCCAGAAUGUUUUGAUGAAAUGCCAGUCAUCGACAGUAAUGGCUCCAACUCCAACGCUACGUUUUACAGCAUCGUUAAGCGUGAUGUGAGCGAACGUACGAAACGAACCGGAAAACUGCGCCAAAAAUCUAAUCUCAAAAUUCGAGUGCUGACAAAGGUUGGCAAGAAAUUAGGACUGUGGAAUCAGAAUACGACGCGUUCGGAAAAUAUCAAGAAAAUUAAAACGGAACUGAAAAACCUCGGAGAGAAUAAGGAACUUCUGCAGAAGCUGGAAGAUCUGAAAAUUAAUAUUCGGCUGCUGAAGCUGGAAGAGUCGGUUAAUUGCCAAAAUGGAAGCGUAGCAAAGAAGCAUCUCUGUGUACAAUGUCCGAAAGGAUCGUUUCACAAUGUAACAUCACAAAUCUGUCAACAAUGUCCAUUAAAUAUGUUCUCCGGCCUGCACGGUCAAACACUGUGCACAUCUUGCCCGAUGUAUCACUCUACACGAAAGCUGGGAAGUCAAUCAGCUUCCGAUUGUAAACAACAAUGCCCGCCCGGUACCGUAGCGCGACUGAAGACACCGAGAAAUAAUCGCUCGAAUCAGAAAUUUAGCCGAACCCUGAUGCCAUUCUGUCGCAAGUGUAGUCCCGGCGAGUACCAAUCUAAGUACGAUCAAAUCGCUUGUGAACAAUGUCCACCGAAUACUAUAUCGCCGAGAGGAUCUACAUCAGCGGACAAUUGCCAUGCGAAACAUUAUCAACCGUGCUCGCAGAUCAAUGUUUGCGGUUUGCAUGGUACUUGCAAACAGGAAAUUUCAAAUCCAUUCCUCUACAGCUGCUCGUGUGAAGAUGGAUUCGUCGGUUCGCAUUGUGAACAUCAGUUGGACUUAUGCCUGUCGGCACCAUGCCACAAUGGCGGUACGUGUUACAAUUUCCAAAACACAAGUUCUUCGAUUGUUUGCACGUGUCCAGUUGGAUUCAGUGGCGCAUUUUGUGAAAAUAGUAUAAAUCAAUGCAAUGAUAGUAUUUGCCUGAAUGGCGGGUGGUGCAUUGAGACCAGCGAAAGCCCGUUCUGUGAAUGCUUGUCAGGCUUCGUUGGUGAACGCUGCGAAAUUGAAGUUAACUUUUGUUCAGAUCUGCCAUGUGAAAGUGGCACUUGUAUUAGCACCACGGAGGGAUAUUAUUGCCAAUGUCCGCCUGGAAUAAUUGGACGUCGCUGUACGCUAAGACCCUGCGACUACGUUCCGUGCCAUGAAAAUGCAAUUUGCGUGGAUUUGAUGGAAUUUCCCGCAUCACGUAGCAGUUUUGUGUGCCGGUGUCCGAAAGGACUUCGUGGCUACGACUGUUCGCAAAUUGAUAAUCCAUGCGAAAGAAUGCCAUGUCUUAAUAAUGCCAGAUGUGUUCCGCUGGCAUUGCGAGACAAGAAAACGAUUGAUACAAGCAAUGCCGAUGAAAGCAUUUAUGAAAAGUAUCGAUGCGAAUGUCCACCGUAUUUCUAUGGUGAAAAAUGUGAGAUUUUGACGACACCCGAUUUUGUGAUGGAAUUUCGGAAAUCAGGAAUAAACGAUUAUGUCCAAGUCGCUGGGAUGACAGAGCGAUUGUCUGAGAUCUCAAUCUGCACGUGGAUGCAAACCGAUGACAAUUUCAACUAUGGCACCGUAAUAUCGUAUGCAACUGAAAGUGUGGACAAUAUGUUUACAUUAACAGAUUACAACGGUUUGGUGUUGUAUGUGAACGGAAGUAAUAUUGUAACCGACGUGAACAUCAACGACGGCUUAUGGCAUUUCAUAUGCGUUGCUUGGACUCGCGAAAAUGGAUUUUACGAAAUCCAUGUAGAUGGAUCCCUACAUCAUACCGGAUACAAUUUAAGCGAAAAUAGUUUCAUUGAGGCGAAUGGAGUUUUUGUUAUUGGUCAAGAGCAGGACAGUAUCGGUACCAGUUUCAGCGAAUCCGAAUCAUAUGUUGGAAAAAUAGCGUACUUAGACAUUUGGAAUCGUUUCCUUUCAUCGUCUGAAGUAUUAGAAUAUUAUUCUUCGUGUGAACCGUAUCAUGGCAAUCUGUAUGCAUGGUCCGAUUUUAAAAACCACAUCAAAGGAGACAUUAAGAUCGCACCAUCACCAUUUUGUAAGCCAUGCACAAACAACAUUCACAUCUCGAACGGUUUUAUUCGCAAUGUCGGAAACAGGGCAUUUCAUUACUGCCACGACGGCUACAAACUUGAAGGACCAAUAGUUCGCGAUUGUCUUCGAACGUCCAAAUGGUCGCUGCCCAUACCGUAUUGUCGAAGUAUACGGUGUGGCUAUCUGCCAACACUAAAUAACGGAGUUGAAACAAUUGAAAAAACAACAUUCGGCGAAGAAGUUACGUACACUUGUAACGAUGGCUAUCGCUUGGCGUCUGGAUCUCAGAAACGAGUUUGCAUGAUCAAUGGCACCUGGUCUGGUACUCAUCCCGAAUGCAUAAGCAACAUCCAAUGUUAUCGUUUAGAGCCGCCAGAAAAUGCUAAAAUAACUUACGCCAAUGAACGAGGAAUGAUAAGCAACACGUUGGAGAAGUAUUCAAUGGGUACAUUUGCUGAGAUUCAAUGUGACAAUGAUUUGGUCGUUGAGGGCGAGAACUUCUUAAGCUGUUCGGAAAACACUCAAUGGGACUAUCCCUUACCCAAAUGCGUGAUCAAAGCUACAACGGAAGACGCGCCCGUCGAAUUGAGUACCCUAAAUACAAAUUAUGGUAUGACUGAGGACGCGGAUGACAUUUCUAUAGAGGAGGAAGAUGACGAUUUGAUUGUUGCAACGCCGAAGGCACCGACUAUGGCCUUCUGGCAAUCACUGAAAAAAUUUCUUUACCAAGGAUGUUCGCAGCGAAACACUUCGUCGGAAUUGUGUUGGAAAAUAUCCAAAUCCGUUGAAUUUAGCGACCUGACAACAUUUCAACCGCCAGAGACUAAUGAUCACAAUAUGGACACAAUUUUGGUUGGCGGACUGUACCGAUGUGUGAACCAUUUGAACAAAUAUUCAUUUGCCCAAAAAUUAACAUUCGAAAAUAUGUUCGAUUGCAUUACGAACGCGGAGAGUCCAUCUGCUAUGUCCGAAGAUGUAAAAGAUUUGCUGAGGUUGAUUGUCUGUUUCUACAUCGAUACUAUUUCAUUGGUGACUGUGCCAACGGAUGACGCCAUCAAACCGGAUGAAAGCAUAACCGAUCAAAUUAAGAGACAUCUGAUACGCAUAGUCACAACUGUCUUUCAAAAUUAUGUGCGAGAUGCUUCGUACGACACUGGAGGUUAUGACGAUUCCACGAGAGCAGCCGAAAUGAAAUACGAAUCGGAGUGUAACCUGAUGCUGAUACCGACAACGCUAAACACGACAAUAAAAAAUGUGACCAAUCACAAAGCACCGUUGCUUACCGUUGACAUCGAGUCACGAAUGGUGCCCGUUUUCGUUCCCGAAAUGACGAAAGUUCAUUUCGAAUGUGCAAGAGGAUAUCAGAUAAUCGGCAAAGACUACACCGAAUGUCUGUUUGGUGAAUGGACCGAGAUCGGUUUCGAUUGUGAACAAAUUUUCUGUGACUAUCCCCCGCAACCAAUGAACAUGGAUAUGGAUCAUGUGAACGAUACACAAUACGCGAUCGGCUACAAAAUUCAAUUGAAAUGUAAAGAUGGUUACAUGCUGUACGGUAAUGCACUGAUAUUUUGUACAUCCGACGGAGAGUGGACUAAGGUGAUGGCUAGGUGUUCAAAAAUUUCCUGCAGCAAGCCAACGUUACCCAGUGAUUCGACGAUUGUCAGUAGCUACCAAGACAAAUAUCAAGAUAAAAUAAAAGUUAAGUGUCCGAAUGAUAGUAUUGUUGAAAUUGAAUGUCAAAGUAACGGACUUUGGAUACCGAAUCUGAGCACGUUAUGUUCAAAUGAAACCUAAGAUGUUUUUCUGAAAUUUUUUUAUUUAAAAUGAUGGUUGGAAUAUAUACGAAUAUUUUAGAAAAU